AACAGACCACCCAUUGCUGUCUUCUUCUUCCUUUCAAUAUUAAUACUCUCUCUCUCUCUCUACACAACAAAUCUAGCUCCACCGCAGAGCACCCCCUUUUCACUACAAAAGAAUAUAUUUUUAUUUUUAUAUUUAUAUGUAUGUAUAUAUAGGUCUAUAGAUAUAUAUAUAAAUAUAUGUAACCCCCCUUCACUUUUUUCUUCUUUGUCAGAUCUUCUGGGUUUUUCUUAUUAGCUUUGGAGAUCUCUCUAAUUGACCAAAAGAUUAAGUGGGUUUAUGUUAUUAUUCUUUUUUGCUUUUUGAAAAAGAUUCAAUUUGUUGAUGGGUUUUUGUUUAAUACCUUUUGGGUUUGUGUUUUUGGUUGGUGGCUUUAAUGGGUUGUUGUUAUUUAUUUUUAUUUAUUUUUCAAUUUUUAGAUGGAUGGGUAGGUGGAGAUAUGUUUAAUGGGUUUAUUUUUGAGUAUAAAGUUUGAAUUUUUGGAAUUGAAAGUUUGAAUCUGCUCAUCAAUGUCUGUUUAUUGAGAGAGUUAGUGUGUUUGUUUUUGACAAUUUUCUCAAUUAUGAGAGAAUGAGAUAAUGUUAAAGUUUGUUGAGGUGUAAGAAGUGAACAAUUUGAAUGGGAAGUGAAAGCUCAUUUUGAGAAGUAGUUGAACUUGAACUCCAUACUUCUAUGCUGUCUUUUUUGAUAGAGAAUAUGGGCUUACUCUGUAGUAGAAACCGCCAUUUGAAUCAAGCCGAUACUGAAGAGAAUGCACAAGCUGCUGAAAUCGAAAGGCGAAUUGAGCUAGAGACAAAAGCUGAAAAGCAUAUUCAGAAGCUUCUAUUGCUUGGUGCUGGUGAAUCGGGCAAGUCCACAAUUUUUAAGCAGAUAAAACUUUUGUUCCAAACUGGUUUCGAUGAGGCAGAGCUCAAUGGCUACACAUCAGUCAUCCAUGCCAAUGUAUAUCAGACCAUAAAAUUAUUGCAUGAUGGAUCAAAGGAGCUUGCUCAGAGCGAAAAAGAUUCAUCGAAGUAUGUUUUGUCAAGUGAAAAUAAGGAGAUCGGAGAAAAACUAUCGGAAAUUGGAGGCAAGUUGGAAUAUCCCCGUCUCACCAAAGAUCUUGCACAGGAAAUAGAGACUUUAUGGAAAGAUCCCGCGAUUCAGGAAACUUAUAAUCGUGGCAAUGAACUCCAAGUUCCUGACUGUGCUCAUUAUUUCAUGGAGAAUCUGGAAAGAUUGUCGGACUCGAAUUAUCUUCCAACAAAGGAGGAUGUUCUCUAUGCUAGAGUUCGUACAACGGGUGUAGUAGAGAUUCAGUUCAGUCCUGUUGGAGAAAAUAAGAAAAGUGGUGAAGUAUACAGACUAUUCGAUGUUGGAGGACAGAGAAACGAGAGACGGAAAUGGAUUCAUCUGUUCGAAGGUGUUACAGCAGUGAUUUUUUGUGCUGCAAUUAGUGAGUAUGAUCAAACACUAUUUGAAGAUGAAAACAAGAACCGAAUGAUGGAGACGAAAGAACUCUUUGAAUGGGUCUUGAAGCAACCGUGUUUCGAGAAGACAUCCUUCAUGCUGUUUCUAAACAAGUUCGAUAUAUUCGAGAAGAAGGUGCUAAAUGUACCGCUUAAUACAUGCGAGUGGUUUAAAGAUUAUCAACCGGUAUCAACGGGAAAACAAGAGAUUGAACAUGCAUACGAGUUUGUGAAGAAGAAAUUCGAGGAAUUGUAUUUUCAAAGCACAGCUCCCGAUAGAGUAGACCGAGUUUUCAAGAUCUACAGAACCACCGCGCUCGAUCAAAAGCUCGUUAAGAAGACUUUCAAGCUUGUGGAUGAGACUUUAAGGAGAAGAAACCUCUUUGAGGCUGGCUUGUUGUGACCCUAUAACUUACUACUACUGAUUACUGAACUGUCACUUUCUCAGGAAAAUUUGGAAAAAGAAAGGAAAGGGAAAGGGAAAGAAAAGAAAAGAAAAGAAAAAGAAAAUUGGUGUUUUGGGAAAAACUUCAAUCAGAUUUUUUUUUGAGCACUUUUUGCUUCUUUAUUAUUGAUUCUUAGCAUUUAUUUGAUUUUUAAUUAAAUAUAAUGGAAAAAAAUCAGGAAAAAAAUAUGAUAAUUUUUAUUUAAUAUUAUUUAUAGAGAUUUAUUGGUA